AAAAACGUAGGGAACCUCUCCAGUCUCCUCCAGUUGAGUCCAGUGUAAAAAAGAUAAAAAUUGUUGGCGCCAGAAACCCAAGUAAGUGAUAUAAUCAAGGAUUGGGAAACCUAAUGCUGCGGCCCAUCCUAAACUUAGGCUGUCACUCUUAAUUAUUAUUCCUCCUCUCCAAUGGAGGAGGCCUCGCAAUCGCAAUCGCAAUCGCAAUCUUUCAUCUACGAAACCCUAACCACUCUAUCCUUCCCUUCCUCCGACCAAUCGUCACCGUCCGAUCACCGUGAACCCUAUUCUGUCUACCGAAACGAGAUUUCACUAUCCACUAUUCCUUUGCCAUCCUUCGACGCCGAAGCAGCCGCCGCCGCCCCUGAUUACUUCUCCCUCGAUGCUGCCGCAGAUGAACACUUCUCCCUCCCGGUUCCAGAAUCCCUCGCUCGCUCUCGUGGAGCCGAGCCGAAGACACCGGCUCCUGUUGAGGACGAGCGGCGCCUUGAGAGCAGCUGGUUUCGUGGCAAUAGUAAAUUCAAGAGCCCUAUGCUUCAGCUCCAUAAAGAAAUAGUGGAUUUCUGCGAAUUUCUCUCUCCAACUCCAGAAGAGAAAGAUUCCCGUAAUGCAGCUAUUGAACGUGUUUCUGAUGUUAUCAAGUAUAUUUGGCCUAACUGCGAGGUAGAAGUUUUUGGGUCGUUCAGGACAGGGCUUUAUCUUCCAAGCAGUGACAUUGAUGUUGUGAUCCUAGGCUCAGGAAUCCAGAAACCACAGCAAGGUUUGCAAGCUCUUUCUCGGGCAUUGUCACAGAAGAGCAUUGCAAAAAAGAUACAGGUGAUUGCAAAGGCUCGUGUGCCAAUUAUUAAAUUUAUAGAAAAGAGAAGUGGUGUUGCAUUUGAUAUAAGUUUUGAUCUACAGAAUGGUCCAGUAGCUGCUGAGUUUAUUAAGAAUGCAGUUUCAAGAUUGCCUCCUAUACGGCCUUUGUGUUUGAUUUUAAAAGUGUUUUUGCAACAGAGGGAGCUUAAUGAGGUCUACUCUGGCGGAUUAGGUUCUUAUGCUCUUCUCACCAUGCUCAUGGCAAUGUUGCAGAGCCUACGAGAAUCAGAAGCUAACUUAGGAAUUCUUUUGGUAAACUUUUUUGACUUUUAUGGACGUAAAUUGAACACACCAGAUGUUGGUGUAUCUUGCAAUGGUGGAGGCACCUUUUACUCAAAGAAUGAUAGAGGUUUCUUAAAUAGAGGACGACCUUUUCUUAUAUCCAUUGAGGAUCCUCAGGCUCCAGAGAAUGACAUUGGGAAGAGCUCAUUUAACUAUUUUCAGAUUAGGUCAGCUUUUGCAAUGGCCUUCACAACCUUGACAAAUCCUAAGGUCAUCUUGGGCCUAGCCUCCAACAGGAGCAUUCUAGGUACCAUAAUUAGACCAGAUGCAGUCUUGCUAGAACGCAAGGGAGGAUCCAAUGGACAAAUGACUUUUACUAGCUUGCUUCCGGGAGCUGGGGAGCCAUUACACUCCCAGUAUGAUCAUCAGGAGAUUUUGUGCAAUUGGCAAUUAGACGACGAAGAACCCCUGCCACGGGGAGGUGAUGGUGCUGGUGAGUUUUUUGAGCAUUCCUCUGGUAAGAAGAGGAAAUCCUCUUCUAAGAAGGAUAAACGUGCUAAGAAAGUAAAAGAGACAGAUGGGGGCAGUUCCAGACAUCGAGAAAGUGGCUCUAGAAAAGAUUUAGUCAAGAAAAAACGUUGGAGACACAACCAAGCUGAUACGAAUGGUUAUGGUCGUAGCGUUUCCCAAUGGAGUCACUAGAAUUCUUGUUUUAUAAUUGCUAAUAUAUCUUGGCUGCUCUGUUGUCAUCAAACCUUGUCGUCCUGAAUAGAAUGAUGCAAUGCCUGAACAGAAGACGUGAAAGCAGCCUUCACUUUCUAGACAGGCGUAUGCGGUAAUGAAGUCUAGUGUAUACUUUCCAGAUGGCCUUAAAUUUAUAGAAAGUUUCGGAUCUGAAACCUUAAGCUCGUCUGGUAUCAUGUAACGUAUUUAGCUGAGCAACAAUUGUUCGUCAGUUUUGACGUAGAGCGAGCAUAUACAGAUCAUUCUUAUGCUGUAUUCUUUAACCUAGUUUUAGGCUUCAUUUUUUGUUUUCUUUUUUCAAGGGACGAAUAAUUUUCAGUGGAAUGACAUAAUUUCUUGAAAAUAUUACUCUACUUGAGAUUCAGAAUGCUAGAUUGUGGUUAUUUAGUUA